AAGAAGUAGCCUGAUCAUGCGAACAUCUCCAGAAUGGGUACCCAAGUGAAAGAUGUCAUCAUUCAGCCUGACGCCCCCAGCUCUCUGCUGCUGGACAAACAUGCAGACUACAUCGCGGCCUACGGCUCCAAAAAGGAUGACUAUGAGUACACGCUGUCAGAGUACCUGCGGAUGAGCGGCAUCUACUGGGGGCUGACGGUGAUGGACCUGAUGGCGCAGCUGCCCCGGAUGAACCGGCCGGAGAUCGUAGACUUCAUCAAAUCCUGUCAGCACGAGUGUGGAGGCCUCAGCGCCAGCAUCGGACACGACCCCCACCUGCUCUACACCCUCAGCGCCGUGCAGAUCCUGUGCUUGUACGACAGUGUGGAUGCUCUCGAUGUGGACAAAGUGGUGGAGUACAUCAAAGGGCUGCAGAUAAAGAUGCCAAAGCAGGAGAUGCUGAACAGGAGACAGUUUCAGGCAGAUCUAGCAUCCUCUCUCAUCCUGGUAACAAUGCUUUUCUGCUUUUCUGAAAUACAGAAGAGGAUUAGGACCACAUGUGGAUUUAUCUUUUGGACCUGACCAAAACUGAUUUUUUCUUUUGAGUAAUAAAUCAAAAUUCUUACUUAAAUCUCAUAUCUAUGAAAACUAAUUCUGAAGGUUUUCAUGAAAAUAAAUAAAAUAUAUUUUAAGAAAAAGUCAGAUUUCUGAGAUUUUCUUAAAAAAAAAUUGAAAAUCUGAAUUUCUUUUGUAAAAGAAUAUUUUUGUUAUCAGAAUUCUGACUUUCACUAGUAAAGAACAUGUUGAGGUCUGACCAAAGUCAUUUUUUUCUAACUUUAAUCUCAGAUUUCUGUAAUUUCAUUAAAAAAAAGGAAUAAAAUAUAUUUAUUCUGAAUUCUGAGAUUUUCAGAAAAAAAAUGUUCUUAAGAAAAAGAUUUAUUAAAAAUAUUCUGAAUUCUGAGUUGUUUCUCAAUAUUCUGACUAAAAUCUUGAAACAUAAAAAAUAUCACUUUAGUUCAGAUCUCACAUUUCUCCACAUGUUCCUAACCCUCUUCCAUAGACGUUUCGUCCUCUCCAUUCUUUGGUGUAAAUAAAUGCACUUGUGUUCACUUUC